GGCGCGCUCUCGUGGUUUGCACGGGUACAGCAUCCAGCUGAAAGAGAGGGAGAGAGAAACAUCAUCGAAAACACACAGCUCACCCCUCCGUCCUGACAUUUGGGGAGGUUAAUUUUAACACAACGAGCAAGAACAGGGUGUCUGAGGUGGUGCGUCAGUCGGGGGGAGCCUCUGUGUGCGCGCGUGUGGUGUCAGACGCGCAUCCAUCAGUGCGGAGGCAGGAUAAGAAGAAGCUGAGUUUAUUUAUUUAUUUUGUGUGUGUGUCCGGUGCUCUACACGCCCUGUGCCUUUGAAGCAGCUGUGGGGAGAGAGAGGUGGAUCUGAAAGGCGGACCGUCCAGCAGAGAGGAGGAGGACAAUGGAGGGGAUGCAGGCGUAUGGAGCGGGGAAAGCCGGAGGAGCCUUCGACCCCGUCACCUUCCUCCAGCAGCCCCAGACCAUUCUCCGCAUAGUGUCUUGGCUCUUUUCCAUCGUGAUCUUCGGCUGCAUCGCCAACGAGGGCUACAUAAAUCGCCCCAAGGAAGUGGAGGAGUAUUGCAUCUUCAACCGGAACCAGAACGCGUGUAAUUAUGGCGUCUUUAUGGGCUCAAUGGCCUUCCUSUGCUGUGUUACAUUUCUGGCUCUGGACAUCUACUUCCCUCAAAUCAGCAGCGUCAAAGACCGCAAAAAGGCAGUSCUUGCUGAUGUUGGGGUGUCAGCGUUUUGGUCCUUCAUGUGGUUUGUGGGUUUCUGCUUUUUGGCCAACCAGUGGCAGGUGACCAAGCCAGAGGACAACCCACUGAGGGAGGGAGGAGACGCUGCCCGAGCGGCCAUCACCUUCUCUUUCUUUUCAAUUUUCACUUGGGCGGGCCAGUGCUUCUUCGCCUUCCAGAGAUACAAGCUGGGGGCCGACUCAGCCCUCUUCUCCCAGGACUACACUGACCCCAGCCAGGACGCAGCCGGAGCCCCCUACACAUCCUUUGGAGGGGAUGACUUGGAGAGCCCGAGCGGUGGAGGGGCCCAGACGAACAGCGACGGGGCCUUCGAUGGCACUGGAGGCUACCAGCGUCAAGACUACUGAGAUGUGUCAGGUUGUCUGAUUUCCCGAGAAAUGCCCCCAAAAAAUUCUAAUUUCAAGUCGUUUAUGUUGUUUCUGUCAAACGGAAAGUCGUUGAGUCAAAACCGRGACAGUUUUCAGUCACCACUAAGCCAAGUGUACCCAGUUCAAACUUUGAUUUAAUGACAGACAUGUUAUUAAAAUGAUUGUUUUAAAAAUGUGA